CUCGAAAAUUACCAAUAUGGCUGCGCCCAUGAAAACAUGAUAUUUUAACACAAAUUUAAAAAAAAUCAAUCUUAACAGGUCUUGUAUCUAUUUCUGAUAUAUGUUACGAAAAAAAUGGAAUCUAAGUGUUUGUCCAUCCCGUAUUUAGUAAUAAAAUGUAGCUGUAAUCUAAAAUAAAACAACAACAAAUUACAAUGAUGGUGACCAUGGUGACAAGAUACCUGAAGAUAAAACUACAGUUUUGUAAACAAUUUCAAACAUGGAAUCAUCUAAGAAAACAGUAUACUACCAAAUCAGGAGACAUUGUAUUUGUCUCCCUUUCCAAUGACAUUUUUAUGAAUCUAGCUUUUGAAGAUUGGCUGUAUGAGAAUGAAAACGUGAAGGACAAAUCCAUUUUGCUGAUGUGGAAAAAUAAACCUACUGUUGUAAUUGGACGUCAUCAGAAUCCUUAUCUAGAAUGUGACGUAUGGAAAAUGGCUAAAAAUAACUUAAGUCUUGCUCGACGUAAAAGUGGGGGAGGAGCAGUAUAUCAUGAUGAAGGAAACAUAAAUUGCUCUUUUAUUAAAGACAGAUCUUUAUACAACAGGUACAGCAAUCUUGACCUUGUUGUAAAAGCCUUGUCAUCCAAUUGGAAUGUAGACCUUAGUAUAAAUACUAGGGAGGAUAUAUUGUUGGAUGGGUUUUAUAAGGUCUCAGGAACAGCUUCUAAACUUGGAAGGAACACAACCUAUCACCAUUUCACACUAAUAUUUGAUGUGGAUAAAGAUAAAUUGUUUGAAUAUUUGGACAGCCCAAUGUCAACGGUAGGAGUUCAUAGCCGAGCUACUCAGAGCUUGAAGUCACGAGUUAAGAAUCUAUCUGACAGUAUACCUGGUGUUACCUAUGAUUCUCUGGUUGAUGUGAUAGGUCAGCAGUUCUUACAGGGAAAGAAAAAUAUUGACAAUUUUCAGUUUAUAAAUCCAUCAGAAGCACAGUUUCCAGGUUUACAGAAGAUUUACGAUGAACUUUGUGAUUGGGAAUGGAUUUAUGGACGAACUCCAAAUUUUUCACUGACUAGACAUUUUGCUAAAAAUCUAGAAUACUAUAUUGAACAUCAAAUUACUGUAAAUGUCAGCAUUGAAAAAGGACGGAUAUCAAAAAUUGACAUAGAAACUAAUUUUAAUGAGACAUACUUAAAAAUGAGGCCAUUGAUACAAGAACAUAUAAUAGGGACUAGAUUUUGGUUGAAUGAUUUACAAAUGAGUUUAAAUAUGAUUAAUCAGGAGUCAAGACAUUUUGGAGAGGUUGAAUUGCAUUCUUGGGUUGUUAACUGUUUAUCUAAAGUUUUAUGUGUGUGAUAUAAUAGAUCAAAUCAUCAAUGUUAAUCAAGACAUUUUCAAAAAAUGUAAUUAAAUCCUUUUAUUUUUUAUUUUUUUAAUGCUAUUUAUGCAUAAUAUAGAUAGGUAUGUUUCAAAAAUGUGAUAAUAUCGUUUUCAUAAUAUUAAUCUUGGUAUUAGAUUGACUUGUUUUGCAUUUUUUUCAUGUAUUGUUUGUUUCUUGUGUAUAUUUGUUUUGUAGUUUAACUAUUCAGGGUUUUACUUUUUUGCAAUAAAAGUUAAAGCUAACACCUUGGUAAUUAUACAAUCAUAUAUAUUGCUAGAUUCUUGCCUCAUAAAGACAUAAGAAAUAAACAGGUUUUUUUCCUUCGUUGUCUUGGACCAUUUUAACAGCAAACUUGAAAAUCAGUUCUGAAACAGUAAUGAUAGUAAAAAUGAGUGUUAAAAUUUAAAUUAUAUUUUUUAAAUGUUCAAUAAACAGAUUUUUUUUUUACUUCCUUUGUUUUUGAUUUGGAUUUUUCAAAUCUUAAU